UCACAUUUGUAUUCGUUCGGUAAUCUCGAACUGAACCGAAAAAAAAAAAAUUUAAUUUUAAAUAUAUAUUUGAAAUUUUAACAAUCGUCUGAUAUUUGGUUGAGGUUUAAUCUCGAGAAUCCAAAUAAACCCUAACUCAGACUCAAAUCACUCUCUCUCAGUCUCUGUCAACCUCACCUCACCUCAGUGACCUCACCGGCUCACACUCCUCGUCGUCUUCGACCUCACCCAUUGUCGACCUCACCUCACCUCGCUGGAGAAUCACUUGUUUUGGAACUGCCCCAUCGUGAGUUCGUACAUCACUACAUUGUUUCCAGAGGCUGCCCCUUUCGCUGCCGUGCUAAAAUUCGCUGCUAAGUAAUUCAAAAAUAUUGUGAUUUUAGGGUUUAGAUAUGGAUGUCGAGGUUGAUCACUAUAAGGUUCUCGGUUUACCUUCUGGCGAGGAAGGCGCCAAGCUUACACAGAAUGAUAUAAAAAAGGCAUAUAGAGCCAUGGCUUUGGUGUUGCACCCCGACAAGAGGCCCGAUGAUCCCGAUGCCCCGGCCAACUUCCAGAGUCUCAUGUCAUCCUAUGAGAUACUCAAGGAUGUGAAGGCCAGGAAAUUGUUUGAUGAUUUACUCAGAGUUAAGAGAGACCAGCAGCGCCGCCAUUUGGAACGCGAUGCCAAGCGACAAAGGAUGGUCUCUGAUCUUGAAGCAAGAGAACGAUCUGCCUUUGCUCCGGAUGCGGCUGCCAGAGAUAGAGCAGAAGAGGAGGGAAUCGCUAGGAAGCUUAAAGAAGAGAUUGAGAGAAUACGCAAAAAGCAUGCGGAGAAAGGGGCGGCAACUGCUUUUGCUCCUAACAGAGAGACUGGUGGAGUUGGCAAGGAAAAUGUGGGUGGUGCAAAGAUGGGGUUGGAUGAGGAGAAGAUGCUUAAAGUUUCAUGGGAAAAUGUUGGUGAAGGUUAUACGGCCGAGAGGUUGAGAGGUUUGUUCUCGGAGUUCGGCGCGGUUGAAGAUGUUGUCAUCAGGGGCAAGAAGAAGAGAGGUUCGGCUCUUGUUGUGAUGGCGACUAAAGAUGCAGCUGCUACUGCAACAGGAACUCUGUUAGGUGAUCUUUCUAAUCCAUUGCUGGUUAUACCUCUUAAACCAGUUUCAGUGACUGAUGCUCCCCCGGUUCAGAGGCCUGAGGAACCAGAUCGACUUAAUAACUUGGUUGGGGCUGGAUAUCAAUCAUUCGAAGAUUCUGUUUUGGAGAAACUCAAAAAGGCUGGGCAGAAGAAAAAAUAGUAUUGAUUAUCCCAAAAGCACUAUAAGGUUCUCGUCUCGCGAAUGGAGCAAAGGGAAAGCUUAUCAUUUCCCCUGUGAUUGGAGCAAAGGUUGCUCAAGGCCUUUGAAAACGGUUGUUUGGACCUGUAUCUCUGAACCAAAACCUAUUUGUGAAAACUUACAAAUAGGGAACUCUUACGUGCGAGCAGGCUAAUAUACUAUAAAAUUCUUGGAUUUGCAGGGAAGUCAUGGGUGUCCCUCAAGUCCCAAGAUUGUGCAAGAGAAGUGUAUUAACUAUUAACCAGUGUGCUGCUGUUGUACUGUUGCAUCACAUUAGUGACCGAGAGCUCAGGACUAGCGUUGAAGUUUGUGCUUGUAUACUACCAUUCUACAUUCUCAAGGUUAGGACGGAAUUGUUUUCAGUCUCCAUUAUGAAUUGGGUGGGGGGUUAAUAAUCGGAGAUAUGACGUUUCGAUUCACUUUAACAGAGUUUGAGGUUUCAUCUUGUGCUAUUUCACAAAUCAUUGUACACUUUGUAUUGUAUCAAUUCAUGGUUCACUUUGGUUUUCAUUUGUUU